GCGAUGAUGGCCUACAAUCCGCUCCUCUACCAGACAUGCAUAUCCUGCGCGAAGACCAAUUAUCUCCUUUCAGCACCACCACCACCAUCACCACCGUUGGCAUAGGCCCAUUCGACAUUUCCUAUCCCGAGCGCAACUCUUCAUCACUAAGCCUCCCGGCAUCCUUUAUCCCAUAUUAG